AUGGCUUUCGAAUCUACAGACUCAAAGGAUGCGGAUCUCUCUCUUGAAGCUGCAAACCACCAUUCGUCAGCCUUAUUACUAUACCAGGCAGCACUGAACAAGCCUAAUUCUAGAGCCCAAAUACUACUGCUUGUGUGUUUGUCAUUCAUACAUCGCCAAAUGCCGGUGUUCUCCAAAACCUACCUUACUCAGCUGUCCAAGUAUGAUUACACCGACGGCUGGAGUAUUUUGGGGCUGACAGGGUGUCCACCAUCUGUUGUCCAAGUAAUGUAUGAUCUUUCCCUGCUGGCAUUCGAAUAUGAAAGAUCCACGCGUCCGAGUCACAAACCAUUCGAUCUAUCAACUAUCCACAAACUUGUGCAAAGGAUAACGAGUAUGGAAAACGAUUAUCGCCACAUAUACAGCCAUAAUGAUAUGGGAAAUGCAGAUGAUGUGUCAGUCUCUACAAGUACAUAUCAUCUCUUCGAAGCCUGGAGAAAAUGCGUCUUACUUUAUGCAAAUCGUGUGUUUCUUGAACACGAACGAUCGCCGAAGAUCAUGUAUUUUUCCAGAUUAAUACUUGACCAUAUCAGCUGCAUCCGAGAAGAAUCAGAUCUACAAAAGCAGGUUCUUCUCCCCCUCUUCCUUGCCGGGGCUGAAACGCAGUCUGAAGAUGAUCGACAUUUUUGCAGAGUAUUCUGUGCUAAAAUGCUAUCUAAAACGACAUAUUCUCUUUUCACGGACACCCGGUUGAUUCUAGAGCAAAUAUGGGCUCAUACUGAGGAUAAUACCUGGUGGGGAUCAUUCAUAUCUGGGAGAAGCCAUGAGAUACGCGGAACGCUUUCACCAGGGGAAUUGUUUACCAAGGGAAUUUUGGUAAUCUCUGGUGAGGCUGCGGUCGACCACCGAACAAACUCUUUGGAGUUGGUGCCACAAGUUGUGGGAGGGCCGAUGGAAAAGGUUGUCAUGCCAAAGCCGAUCCUAGUGUGGAAUUUGUAUUUCGUAGCAUCUGACCAGAGGACAUCAUCGGUGCCUAUUACGCCAUUCAUGGUGCGUCUACGGGUGAUGAGAUCGAUCGACUGGGGUACAUCCGGAAGGCUCAGUCACUUUAGCUUCUUCCGCCUCGUAGGCUGGCAUUCCGAAGACUGCGACGUUUGUCCCAAAACCAGAAUUGAUAUGGUGUAUUUCCAGACGGCAGAGGGAGGCGCCGCGAUCUCACUUGAAUCGAUGGAAUUGUAUCAUUGGGCUUGCGAACUGGAACUAUGA